AUGUUACUGCUCUUCGCCCUGCCGACUCUAAUCGUCGCCUUCGAUAAUGCCCCUUCUAUGGAUCCGAUGAUCCCUACUGUCAGCCCCCAUGAGGCCAAUUCUGAUUCCUGUGCCGGCCAAUGCGCUUUCAAUUUGGUCGAGCAAAUCCGUGCACAACUGGGAAACGCGAAAACUGCGUCGCUCCUGCAGUUGAACUAUAACGACUUCCUCACCGCAUUCUCCAACACAACAUUCUUCGAAAACUUCUGCAAGUGA